GCUACCUACAUCAAAGAACCACAAAUAUUAUAUCAUCAAACAUGAAGAAGGCUCUUCAUCUCUUCUCACUAGCCACUCUAUUGAUGCUCUCCCUAGCCCAAGCUCUCUUCCCUCCAAACACAAACAUCAAAAUUUACCAUGCAAACACCCUACUCAUCUCCCCAUUCAGCCCUACAACGCAACUCUCAUGGGAACACACUGUGCUCCAAAUGCAGUCCAAUGACAAUGCCAGGCUGCACUACUUGUCCAGCCUCGCCUCCGCCCGGCCCAUUGUGCCGAUAGCGGCCGGCAUGACCAUCACUCAUAAUCCUUCCUACAUUGUUAGGGCCAGAAUUGGGACUCCGCCUCAGACGUUGCUCAUGGCGGUGGACACCGGGAACGACGCCUCCUGGAUUCCGUGCACAGGCUGCGUUGGAUGCUCCGCCGCCAGUUUUGAUUCUGCCAAGUCUUCCACCUUCAGGACCGUGCCUUGCCAUGCCACGCAGUGCAGUCAGGUCCCCAGUCCAAGCUGCGGAGGCGCCACCUGCGGCUUCAACUGGGCCUAUGGCGGUUCCUCCUUCUCCGCCAACCUUGUACAGGAUACUUUCGGCCUCGCUCCCAACCCCAUUGCCGGCUACACCUUCGGGUGCAUCCAGACAGCUAACGGCACCUCCCUGCCGCCUCAGGGUUUGUUGGGCUUGGGGCGAGGCCCCUUAUCUCUAACGUCACAAACUUCUGAGCUCUAUCAGUCGACAUUCUCCUAUUGCUUGCCCAACCUCAAGUCCGCCAACUUCACUGGAUCGCUGAAAUUGGGGCCCGAAAACCAACCGAAGAAAAUAAACUGUACUCCGUUGCUUAGGAACGAAAGACGAUCGUCCCUUUACUAUGCCAAUCUCACGGCUAUUAAGGUUGGUGGGCGUGUUGUCUGCAUUCCUCCUACCGCUUUUGCGUUCAAUGCCAGCACUGGUGGAGGUACAUUCUUUGAUUCUGGUACUAUGUUCACGAGUCUCGUGAAGCCGGCGUACACGGCGGUGAGAGACGAGCUCCGACGGCGGAUGGGCAAUGCCACCGUGUCUUCUCUGGGAGGCUUCGACACGUGCUACACCGUGCCCAUCGUGGUGACCACCAUAACGUUCAUGUUCCCCGACCUAGACGUGACGCUCCAUCAGGACAACUUCCUAAUCCGGAGCAGCUACGGCACCACCUCGUGUCUCGCCAUGAUGGCGGCGCCGGACAACGUAGACUCCGUAGUGAACAUCAUCGGCAGCUUCCAGCAGCAGAACCAGCGCAUCGUGAUCGACGAGCUCAACUCCAGGGUGUGCGUAUCCCGUGAACCAUGCAGCAAGCUUGUUCCCCGGCUGCCGGUUAGAUCAGGGACCUUCAAUGCUCAUAAUUGAGGAAUUUCGAUCGGUUUUAGGGUUUUUUUGUUUAUAAUGUAUGGAUUUGGGGCAUAGCGGUGAAGAGGCUGGAAAAUCUGUAAAGACUUUGUUGAUAUAAAAUCAACUGAUAAAUAA